AUGUAUGAAUUUGAUGUGCAAACUUGUACUCAGUCUAUUAUGUGCUGCUGUCGUCAAUCUCUUUGCAUCAUAAGGAUCGUUUAUUUGUGGAGAAAAAACACUGUUAAUCUUUUACGUCAAAUAAGGGAAAGGGAAGAACAGAUAUACAACUCUCAAGAUAAAGAAAUAAUAGAUCUAAUGAAUACUAAUAUCAAAAACAAUCAUAAGUUGGAUUGGAAUUACAUAAUUAUUCAAAUGGGAGUUGUAUUUUUCUACAUGACCUUAGCACCGUUUAUUUUUCCAAAACAGAUUGUAAUUCUGCCAGACACAAACACAACUGUUGAUCAGAAAUCUUUACCAGUAAAAUAUUGGUUUCCUUUUGAUACCGAAAAACACUUCAAUAUAGCAUUGGGAUGGGAGAUAUUUAGUCUUAUGUUAAGUGGGACAUAUGUCUUUUGCAAUGGACCUUUUCUUUUUCAGUACUCUGGCUUAUAUUCUGGGACAGCUGAAAAUUCUGAGAUUCAUGCUUGACAACUUUGAGAAAUACAGAGCAAGGGCAGAGGCUCAAAUAAAGUGUACAAGUAGCACUGCAGAUAUUAUUACGUUAAAGCUUUUUAUUGCUGAACACCAACGAGUUAUGCGUUUUAUCAAUGACUUCAAUGACUGUAUGAGAAACUUGGUGCUGAUAGAUUUUUUUCAAACCUCUUUUCAGAUAGGAGUAUUAAUUAUGUAUAACUUAUAUGAACUGAAAAGAGACAAUUUUUUAUUACCGGCUUUAGGACUGGUCUUCUUAGCACUAACGGCUGGAAAUGUAGCUAUCUAUUACUGGUACGGUGAUGACAUAACAUCAGAGAGUUACGACUUAGCAGAGGCAAUUUAUGAUAUCAAAUGGUACGAUAAAUCAAAGAAAUUUAAAAAAAUCUUAACUAUUCUAUUAAUAAGAUGUCACAAAGAGGUGGGAAUUGAGAUUGGAGGCAUAACAAUAAUGUCUAGGAAUAUAUGCAUUGGGCUUUUCAAGGGAGCCUACACAUUUGUUCAAUUUGCGCUGCAAAUUUAG